AUGUUUAACAAAUCUUUUGGAACGCCUUUUGGCAGCAAUGCGGGAGGAUUUGGAACCACCUCGACCUUCGGACAGAAUACUGGCUUUGGGACCACCAGCGGAGGAGCCUUUGGGGCGUCCGCCUUCGGAGCCAAUAACAAUGCCGGAGGACUCUUCGGCAGCACCCAGACCAAGCCAGGAGGGCUCUUUGGGGCAAGUACCUUCAGCCAGCCAGCCACGUCGUCCACUAAUACCGGUUUUGGUUUCGGCCCGUCCACUGGAACUUCCAGCGGCCUGUUUGGCACUACCAGCACAGGGGGAGGACUCUUCUCAACCCAGACCAAUGCCUUCGCCCAGAACAAGCCGGCGGGGUUUGGCAAUUUUGGGACAAGCACCAGCAGCGGAGGCUUGUUUGGCACCACUAACACAGCCUCCAACCCAUUUGGGGGCACAUCUGGCUCCCUGUUUGGGUCAACCAGCUUUUCCACCGUCCCUACCGGCACCACGAUUAAAUUCAACGCACCCACCGGCACGGAUACCAUGGUCAAGUCUGGCGUCAGCACCAACAUCAGCACCAAGCAUCAGUGCAUCACUGCUAUGAAGGAGUACGAGAGCAAAUCCCUCGAGGAGCUUCGCCUGGAAGACUAUCAGGCCAACAGGAAAGGCCCCACCAACCCAGUGGGAGCAGGGGCCACCCCGGGCUUGUUUGGAUCCUCCACCGCUACGUCCAGCACAGCCACAGGACUCUUUGGCUCCUCCACCACCAACACGGGCUUUUCCUACGGGGCAAACAAAACGGCGUUUGGAGCCAGUACCACCGGUUUUGGCACGGGGACCGGAAGUCUCUUCGGCUCGACGCAGCCGACGCCCAGCCUCUUCAACAAACCUUUUGGUCAGCCCACCACCGCCCAGAACACGGGCUUUUCGUUCACCAACACCAGCACCCUCGGGCAGCCCAACACCAACACAAUGGGCCUGUUUGGAGCGGCCCAGCCCACGCAGACGGGAGGCCUCUUUGGCACCGCGGCCAGCACCAACACUGCCGCUGCCUUUGGGACCGGAACCGGAAUCUUUGGACAGCCCAACGCCGGCUUUGGGGUCGGCGGCUCGUCUCUCUUCAGCAACAAGCCCGCUGGCUUCGGCACCACCACCACCAGCGCCCCCUCCUUUGGGACCACAACCACUGGGCUUUUCGGGUUCAAUGCAAACACCACAGGAAACAGCCUCUUUGGAAACAAGCCUGCGACCGGGACUCUGGGCCCAGGCCUCGGGGCAGGAUUCGGGACAGCCCUUAAUGCAGGUCAGAAUUCGCUGUUUGGCAACACGCAGCCCAAGCUGGGGGGCACGCUCGGGACAGGAGCCUUUGGUGCCCCUGGAUUUAACACCUCGACCGCCACGCUGGGCUUCGGAGCGCCACAGCCUGCCGUGGCUCUGACGGAUCCCAACGCCUCUGCGGCCCAGCAGGCCGUUCUGCAGCAGCACCUCAACAGCUUGACCUACUCGCCCUUCGGGGACUCGCCGCUCUUCCGGAACCCCAUGUCUGACCCAAAGAAGAAGGAGGAGAGGCUGAAGCCCACCAACCCGGCGGCCCAGAAGGCGCUGACCACGCCCACGCAUUACAAGCUGACGCCCCGCCCGGCGACCCGCGUGCGCCCCAAAGCCUUGCAGACGAGCGGCUCUUCCAAAUCCCACCUUUUCGAUGGUCUGGAUGACGACGAGCCUUCCCUGACCAAUGGCGCCUUCAUGCCCAAGAAGAGCAUCAAGAAACUGGUUUUGAAGAACCUCAACAGCAGCAGCGUCUUCUCUCCCGGCAGUGCCGAAGUGGACGACAUUGCCUCACCCUCCAUCUAUCCUGAGAACGGGGAUCGGUACGUCUUCCUCUUUAGGUCGGUGAAUGAGGACCACCAGCCGGACGAAGAGCAGGAAGAGGAAAGCUACUCCCGGGAGAUGUCCAGGUUCUUAGCCAACUCCAUCGCCAAGCCCCUCCCCCAGACCCCAGAGAACGCCCCGCACAAGCACCACAGCAACAGCGUGGACGACACCCUCGUGGCCCUCAAUGUGCGGCCGGGGCUGCGCAACGGGCUGGAGAACAGCACGGAGGAAGCUUCCUACCACGAGGACUCCCUGCAGGAGGAGCAGGACAAGGAGAGCGAAGACCAGCUCCUCCCCGCCCACCCCGCAGGAAUUGUCUUGACACGAGUGGGCUACUACACCAUUCCCUCCCUGGAGGAGUUGGCCAAGAUGACCGAUGACCAAGGAGAAUGCUUCGUGACCGACUUCACUAUUGGCCGUAAAGGCUACGGCUCCAUCUACUUCGAGGGCGAGGUCAGUCUGACCAGCCUGAACCUGGACGAGAUCGUGCACAUCCGCAGGAAAGAGGUCAUCGUCUACCCGGAUGACGAACUGAAGCCCCCCAUCGGGGAGGGCCUGAACAGGAGAGCCGAAGUCACCUUAGACGGGGUUUGGCCCACGGACAAGACCUCGCGCUGCUUGAUCAAGAGCCCAGAGCGGCUGGCGGAGAUGAACUACGAAGGCCGGCUGGAAGCCGUCUCUCGGAAACAGGGAGCCCAGUUCAAGGAGUACCGCCCCGAAACCGGUUCAUGGGUGUUCAAGGUGGCCCACUUCUCAAAGUACGGCCUGCAGGAUUCCGAUGAGGAAGAGGAGGACAACCUGGCCAAAGUGGAGGCCAAGAAAUUAAAAACUGCUCAGCUGCCCCUGCCGGGCCAGCCGAUGUCUCACCAGAUGGCUGCACCUGGGAAGCUGGCACCUCCUCCCAAGGUAGGGAAACAAUAA